GGCAUUCAGGCAGAAGGAACGCUUCGAGGUGCUGGCCAUGUCUUCCCCUCGUGGCCGGGUGCACGUGGUGCCGCCUCUGCUGUCCGUGGUGGCGGUGUUCAUGGCGGCGGCGGUGAUGGUAGCGACGGCUCAGAUGUUCCGACCGGGCAUCAUGCAGCAAAACGACGACGAACACAUCAUCUCUCGACGCAGCCAGGAGUGCAGCGACAAGCAGACGGCCGACCUGUACCUGCUGGUGGACGGCUCCAGCAGCGUGGGGCCCGGCAACUUUCAUCUGGUGCUCAAGUUCCUCGCCAAGCUGGUGGACAAGCUGGACAUCGGCAAAGACAAGGUUCGCGUGGGCAUGGUGCAGUACAGCGGGGACAUGAGGAGCCCCAAGAUCAAGAAGGAGUUCGACAUGGGGCAGUACGCGGACAAGGAGAAGCUCAAGGCCGCCAUCCUGGGCACCAAAUACAUGCGCGGAUUCACGUUCACCGGAGCGGCGCUACGGCACACUCUGCAGCUCUUCAAGAGCCAGGGACGCCCCGGAGUCGGCAAGAUCUUGGUGCUGGUGACGGACGGCGAGGCCAACGACAAGGUGAAGGACCCCUCGGACGAGGUGAAGUCGAGCGGCAUCGUCCUCUUCUCCGUGGGCGUGGGCAAGGCGGACCGCAAAGAGCUGGCCCUCAUGGCGUCUCCGCCCGUCGACAAGCACAUGUUCCACGCCACCGACUUCGCCGGCCUCGACUCCAUCAUCACGGCGCUUACCUCCACCGUCUGCACCGUCGUGCAGGAGGCCAAGGUGGCGGUGCCGGUGACUGCGGCGACCCAGGCCGUCGCCUUGCCGAGUAAAGAGGUGUGCAGCAGCAAGCAGACAGCCGACCUGUACCUGCUGGUGGACGGCUCCAGCAGCGUGGGGCCCGGCAACUUUCAUCUGGUGCUCAAGUUCCUCGCCAAGCUGGUGGACAAGCUGGACAUCGGCAAGGACACGGUCCGCGUGGGCAUGGUGCAGUACAGCGGGGACAUGAGGAGCCCCAAGAUCAAGAAGGAGUUCGACAUGGGGCAGUACGCGGACAAGGAGAAGCUCAAGGCCGCCAUCCAGGACACCAAAUACAUGCGCGGAUUCACGUUCACCGGAGCGGCGCUACGGCACACUCUGCAGCUCUUCAAGAGCCAGGGACGCCCCGGUGUCGGCAAGAUCUUGGUGCUGGUGACGGACGGCGAGGCCAACGACAAGGUGAAGGACCCCUCGGACGAGGUGAAGUCGAGCGGCAUCGUCCUCUUCUCCGUGGGCGUGGGCAAGGCGGACCGCAAAGAGCUGGCCCUCAUGGCGUCUCCGCCCGUCGACAAGCACAUGUUCCACGCCACCGACUUCGCCGGCCUCGACUCCAUCAUCACGGCGCUCACCUCCACCGUCUGCACCGUCGUGCAGGAGGCCCAGACCCCGGCGCCGACGCCACCGCCCGGUCCAUUCGCCAAGCUGGACGUGAUCUUCGCCAUCGACGGCUCGGCCGGCGUCGCGGCCGCCGACUUCACGCUCAUGAAGGGCUUCGUCGCGCAGAUCGUGCAGGGCCUCAGCGUCGGGGCGGCGCAGGUCCGCGUGGGGCUGGUGCAGCUGAGCGGCAAGCAAGGGUCCGAGUUCAAGCUGGGGCAGUUCUCCAGCCGGCAGGAGGUGGUCGCCGCCGUGGGGAAGGUCUCCGCGCACGGCGGCGGCAGGGCCAUCGGCGCCACCGUGCAGUUCGCGCUCGCCACCGCCUUCUCGCAGGCAGAGGGCGGCAGGGCCGGGGAGGGAGUGCCGCAGGUGCUGGUCAUCAUCACGGGCGGCGCCUCGUCUGACGCCGUGGCCCACUACCGUGGCCUGUUGCGAGCCCAUGGGGUGCGCUCCUUCGUCAUCGGCAUCGGCGCCUUCCAGCUGCUGGACCUGCAGCGCCUGCCCAGUGACCCCAUCGGCCUGCACCUCUACGCCGUGGGCGGCUACGCGCAGCUGUUGGGCAUCGCCGGCCAGGUCACCUCCGUCAUCGUAAGGCCAGCGAUAUCCCUGGACUUGGUGUUCAUGGUGGACGGCUCUCUGGGCGCUGCGUGGGGGGCUGUCAGGGCCUUCGUGUCCCACCUGCUCCUCUACGUGCAGGGCGGCGGGGGUGUCCUGCGCGUCGCGUUUGUCCAGUUCGCUGGCGAUGUCACCGUCGAGCUCUACCUGGACCAGGGCACGGAGGUGGCUGCGGUGCUCGCCAAGCUGCAGUCCGUGCAGCAGCUGUCGGGCGCCGGUGGACGCAACCUGGGCAAGGCGGUGAGCUUCGUGGGCGGCACGGUGCUGUCGGCAGCCAAGGGCGGGCGCGGUGCUGCCGGCGUGAACCAGGUGGUGGUGCUGUUCGUGGCGGGCCCCUCCACAGACGAGCCGUCCCAGGCGCUGUACGCGCUCAAGGCGUCCGGCGUGCGGGUCCUGGCGCUGGACCUUGGCGGGCUGGCACUGGCUCAGCUGGGCGGCCUCGUUAGCACGCCCUUCAACCUGCACUACUACAAGCUGUCGGGCGGAGCGCAGGUGCUGCCGCUCGCACUGGGCAGGAUCCUCCACACCUCGCUCUAUGCAGGUGUGACGCGCGGCGCCCAGUACGCCGACAUCGUCUUCUACCUGGACAGCUCGGCCACGCUGGGCGAGGCCGGCUUCGUGUCCCUCAAGGCGUUCCUCGUGCAGGUGCUCUCCUACCUGCAGGUGGGGCGCUACACGGUGCGCGUGGCGGUCGUGCAGGUGGGCGGCGCGCCCGUCGCGGCCUUCCAGUUCAACUCGCACUCCGAGAGGAGCGCCCUCGUCGCCGCCGUCUCGCAGCUCAAGGCGGUGGGCGGGGCCAGGAACGUGGGCGCGGCGCUCUCCUUGGGCUACGCGACCUACGUCUCGCAGGCAUCCGACGCCGGCCUGCAGCCUGCCCAGGUGGGGAUCCUGCUGACGGGCGGCGCGUCGGCCGACAACGCGGCCAAGGCCGCGGCACAGCUCCAGGCGAGCGGCGUGCGCCUCUUCGUGGUGGGCGUGGGAUCCGGCGUGGACCAGGCCCUGAUCCAGGGCGUGGCGUCGUUCCCGUACGCUCUGCACUCCUUCACGGUGUCGGACUACACGGGGCUCAGCACCGUCGUCGUUACCAGCCUCGUCAAGUACAUCUUCCGGCCCGUGGUCUCCGGCGACCUCGUGUUCCUGAUCGAUGGAUCGACAAGUGUGGAGCAGCAGACGUUCCACUUGAUCAAGAAGUUUGUGGAACGGAUCAUCACAAAUUACUACUACAUAGGGGGCUCUCUGCGGGUGGCCGUCUACCAGUUCGGCGGCGCGGGCCGCCUCGAGGUACCCUUGGGCAAUCAGAAUGACGCCGACAGCCUCACGCACACCAUCAGCAACAUCGAGAAGGUCUCGGGGCCACGGAACCUGGGUGCGUCGCUCACCUACGUCCUUAGCAACAUCUACAAGGAAACCACCACCACCAAGCUCUCCCAGAGCAUCUUCAUCAUUUCCGGGGGGAAGUCGGACGACGACGUGACGGGGGCGGUGCAACUGCUGCGAGAGCGUGGGAUCACGGUGACGGGUGUGGGCCACACGUCGUCCCAGCUCGACGCCGUCGUCAGCACCUCGUCUCACUGGUUCAAGUUCACGGAAUCCAGCACCAUCCUCAAAAGCUUUUACAAUGUCAUCAGCGGUCUCUUCUUCACGGUGCCCGUCGUGCCGAUACCCAAGACCACGCAGGCUCCCACGACCGCUACCACAACCACAACCAAAACAGCACCAACGACUACUACGCUAGCACCGACCACUCCAAAACCCACAACGAAGCCUGCUCCCGUCACCACGGUCGUUCCGGUGACUGUUCCGUCACCAUAUAACAGCGACAAUCGCUACGGUGACGUGGUGUUCGUGGUGGACGGAUCUUCCGGCAUCUCAGCGGCCGACUUCGGGACCGUGCGGACGAUCGUCUCCCAGAUAAUUACGGGGCUGCAAGUGGGGCCGGACAACACGCGUGUUGCGCUCGUGACCAUUGGGGGCACUCCCAAAGUGGACAUCUUCCUCAACUCGUUAUCCGGAAAGGCCGAGCUGCUGACGGCCGUAGAAAAGUUGGUGCCGGUCGGAGGGCCGCUCAACCUGGGUGCAGCUCUGCAGGUGGUGGUCAACAGCGUCCUCAAGCCUGAGAAGGGCUCCCGCAUUCACCUUGGAGCUCCCACGAUGCUGGUGACGAUCCUUGGCGGCAAACCAGCCGACGAUGUUUCGGGGUCGGUGGUGACACUGAACGGGCUGGGGGUGCGUCACGUGGUGCUGUCGGGCGGGUACCAGGACACAAAGGUGCUGAACAGCAUCGCCACCUCCUCGCGCCUUGUCAAGACCUGGUCCUCAUUCCAGUCCAUCCUCAACUUCAACCUGGGCCAUUUCGUCUACAAGACAAAGGAAAAGGCGAGUGUGGUGUUUGUGGUGGACACAUCGACCAUCACAGCCGAUGAGCUCAAGGUGGUGAAGACAUUCAUCGUGGGUAUAGCCCAUCAUCUGAACCUGGCACCCGACAGCGUGCGUCUGUCCGUCGUGAGCUACGGAGCCAACUACCAGAAGCUGGUGGGUCCGGCAGAGAUCAACUCGCCCAAGGACCUGGAGGCCAAGCUGGGCAGUGUCCUCGUGCCCACGGGCGGAGCCACAAACACCGGCAAGGCCCUCACCUACACCAUCACUGACCUGCUGGCCAAGGAGCCUGCAGAUGUUAGCAAGAGCGUGGUGCUGAUAACGAGCGGACCUUCGAGUGACUCCGUGGCCCCCAUCCCGGAGCUGCUGCAGAAGCACGUGGUGAGCCUGUUUGCAGUGGGCGUGAAGUCCAGCGACGUCAAGCAGCUCCAGACGCUCGUCUCCCGCGGAGGAUACUACUACCAGCUCUCGGACUACUCGCUGCUCUCAAUGAUCCAUAGCCAGAUCAUCAUCAAGGCCCUCUACCUGCCUGCCAUUCAACAGGCCGUCACAACUACGGUGGUGACAAACGAGUUCCAGUACAAGUUGGUACCAGGCAACCGUGAUGCGGACGUCGUGUUCGUGGUGGAUGGCUCAUCCGAGGUGUCGGACGCCAACUUCGCACUAGUGCGGACGAUCGUCUCCCAGAUAAUUGCGGGGCUGGACGUGGGGCCGGACUCAACUCGCGUCGCACUGGUGACCGUGGGGGGCACGCCCAGAGCGGAUAUCUCAUUCAACUCGUUCCCUGGAAAGGCCGAGCUCCUGGCCGCAGUGGGAAAACUGGCGCCGGCUGGGGGACCGCGCAAUCUGGGAGCGGCUCUGCAGCUGGUGGCCAACAGCGUCCUCAAGCCUGACAAGGGCUCGCGCAGUCAAUUGGGCUCUACCACGAUCGUUUACACAAUUCUGGGUGGCAAGCCCGCUGACGAUGUGACCGCGGGAGCAUCCCUGCUGCGUGGUAUGGGCGUGCUCGUGUCCGCGUUCGGAGCCGGCUACCAGGACUCCAGUGUGCUGUCCAGCAUCGCCACCUCCAGCUCACAGGUGUUCACCUGGUCCAGCUUCCAAGACCUGGUCACCAAGAGCAGCUCCCUCACGGGGAACAGCCUCUACCUGCCGAAGAGGAAAGCAAGUGUGACGUUUGUGGUGGACACAUCGAGCACCAUCACGGCCGAUGAGCUCAAGGUGGUGAAGACAUUCAUCGUGGGCAUGGCCAAUCGCCUGAACCUGGCACCCGACAGCGUGCGUCUGUCCGUCGUGAGCUACGGAGCCGACUACCAGAAGCUGGUGGGUCCAGCAGAGAUCAACUCGCCCAAGGACCUGGAGGCCAAGCUGGGCAGUGUCCUCGUGCCCACAGGUGGCGCCACAAACACUGGCAAGGCCCUCACCUACACCAUCACCGACCUGCUGGCUAAGGAGCCUGAAGAUGCCACCAAGAGCGUGGUGCUGAUAACGAGUGGGCCUUCCAGCGACUCCGUUGCCCCCAUCGCGGAGCUGCUGCAGAAGCACGUGGUGAGCCUGUUUGCGGUGGGCGUGAAGUCCAGCAACGUCCAGCAGCUCCAGACGCUCGUGUCCCGUGGAGGAUACUACUACCAGCUCUCAGACUACUCGCUGCUCUUCCGCCUGCAAGGCCAGAUGGUCAACAAGGUCCUCUACCUGCCUGCAAUCCAAAAGGCCACGACCACUAUUGUGGUGGCAACCGAGUCCCAGUACAAGGUGGUGCCAGGCAACCGUGACGCGGACGUGGUGUUCGUGGUGGACGGCUCAUCCGAAGUGUCGGACGCCAACUUCGCGCUAGUGCGGACGAUCGUCUCCCAGAUAAUUGCGGGGCUGGACGUGGGGCCGGACGCGACUCGCGUGGCACUGGUGACCGUGGGGGGCACACCCAGAGCGGAUAUCUCAUUCCACUCGUUCCCUGGAAAGGCCGAGCUCCUGGCCGCGGUGGGAAAACUGGCGCCGGCUGGGGGACCGCGCAAUCUGGGAGCGGCUCUGCAGCUGGUGGCCAACAGUGUCCUCAAGCCUGACAAGGGCUCGCGCAGUCAACUGGGCUCUACCACGAUCGUUUACACAAUUCUGGGUGGCAAGCCCGCUGACGAUGUGACCGCGGGAGCAUCCCUGCUGCGUGGUAUGGGCGUGCUCGUGUCCGCGUUCGGAGCCGGCUACCAGGACUCCAGUGUGCUGUCCAGCAUCGCCACCUCCAGCUCACAGGUGUUCACCUGGUCCAGCUUCCAGGACCUGGUCACCAAGAGCAGCUCCCUCACUGGGAACAGCCUCUACCUGCCGAAGAGGAAAGCAAGUGUGACGUUUGUGGUGGACACAUCGAGCACCAUCAAGGCCGAUGAGCUCAAGGUGGUGAAGAAAUUCAUCGUGGGCAUGGCCAAUCGCCUGAACCUGGCACCCGACAGCGUGCGUCUGUCCGUCGUGAGCUACGGAGCCGACUACCAGAAGCUGGUGGGUCCAGCAGAGAUCAACUCGCCCAAGGACCUGGAGGCCAAGCUGGGCAGUGUCCUCGUGCCCACGGGUGGCGCCACAAACACUGGCAAGGCCCUCACCUACGCCAUCACCGACCUGCUGGCCAAGGAGCCUGAAGAUGCCACCAAGAGCGUGGUGUUGAUAACGAGCGGGCCUUCCAGCGACUCCGUUGCCCCCAUCGCGGAGCUGCUGCAGAAGCACGUGGUGAGCCUGUUUGCGGUGGGCGUGAAGUCCAGCGACGUCCAGCAGCUCCAGACGCUCGUGUCCCGUGGAGGAUACUACUACCAGCUCUCAGACUACUCGCUGCUCUUCCGCCUGCAAGGCCAGAUGGUCAACAAGGCCCUCUACCUGCCUGCAAUCGUCAAGGCUGAGAAUAUGCAGGUGGUCAUAGACACGACCAAGCUGAUGGCGGACAAAACACGGAUCAUCGGAGGUGGAUCCAAGGGACUUAAAGCCAUCACCUGCACCACCGCGGCCAAGGAAUUCCUGACGGACAGCGCCGCAGUGGUUUUCUGUCCUCCGGGGUGCCAAUCUGUCAAGGGCUACAAGGUCAAGGGCAGCUACAUCUACUCAUUGGACUCGAUGGUGUGCGUUGCUGCCGCGCACGCCGGCGUGGUCAUCCCGGAGGUGGGCGGUGUGGUGACGGUGGUGAAGAAGCCGGGGGUCCUCUCCUUCGACGGCUCCGUGAUCAACAGCAUUUCGUCGCAUGCCGCACCCGGGGAGCCCCUCUCCUUCGUCUUCAAGGGCUGCCCCUGCGCUUAGACGUUUGGGGUCGGCCGCUCGCCACCCCCCCCCUCCCCCACCGCCCCCUUCUCGCUUGGCCGGACGUCUCAGUCUGCCUUCAAACCGGCUCACGCGCGAGACGACCAUUGUCGGCAAUGGCAACUGAGCCACGGAUUCCCAGAUUUCGCGCGAGUCGCUCGGUCAUCGCUUAGACGUCGCAUCUUAAAGGGGAAAACCUUACGUUUGCGUUAAAGUGUUUUGACGCGUGUACCUGCUGUGCUCGUAUGCGACCAGGCCUGGUGAUUCAGUGUCACGGAUGACGGCCGUCCGCUACGUGUCGUCAGUCGCUCUGCAAGUGAACCACCGUUCUGGCGAUGUUCAGAAGCGACCCCGUGGCUCACCGCUCAUUGCUCACGCUGAUUGUCUAUGGGCCAGGCUUUAGGUCCAACCGUCCGGGCCACCUCUAGAGAUCUGUACACGUUUGGAUUGUAGUGUCAAUAUUGCUUUGUAACAGGUGUGGUCACAGCCAAGCACGGUCCAGACAUGACCUCUCCCCACUGACCUCUUCUGUUACCACAUAACCGAGCCGAGCGCGGGGUUAAGCCAAAACGUGAUAAACGGAAGGUUCUGUAACAGAGCAAUGAUGCAGUGAUGCAAUUCCAACCGUUAGUACAGACCCAGAAUUGCCUUGACCAAGACAAUCGUGGCACAAGUGGAUAUUUGACCCCUGCUCGGCAUGAGGACUCCACAGUCGCAUGCGUGUGAGAGUCACCAGCGUGACCGGGACGUGCGCCGGUGUCGUUUGCUACAGCCCCAAAUGUGACUCGCCUUUUAAAUAAAAGAAUUCAGAAAAUA